AUGAAUGAAUUAUUAAGUACUCAAAAAUUAUGUGAGGUUUUAGAAGGAUCUAUUAGUGAUUCAAAAGAGAAAAGAAGUCAAUGUGAAGAAUAUUUAAAGCAAAUCACAAAAUUAGAUGGAUAUAUAAAUGUUAUAUUAAAUAUUGUUAAAAGUAAUAAUGUUGUAGAUGAUAAUAUAAGAAUAUCUGCAUCUAUUUUUUUGAAAAAUAGCAUAAAAAAUAAUUAUGACAGACUAAAAAAAGAAGAAAUAAGUGCAUUAACAAAAAGUAUAUAUGAAAGCCUUCUAUAUUUAGAAAUGAAAGAUAAACAACUCUACAUUCAAUUAUUUGAAAUAAUGAAAAUAUUGAUUCAUAACAAUUUUCCAGAAUAUUUUUAUAUAUUAGAUAAUAUAUUAGAAGACAUAAAUCAAAGAAAAGAUGUUAGGAAGUUGUAUGUUAGUUUAUACUGUUUGAAAUUGAUUUUUAAAAAAUUAAAAAUAAAAAAAAAGGAAAAUAACGAAUUAUAUACAGAAAUUUUAAAUAAAUAUUUUUAUCCAUUAAUAAAUUGCUUAUAUGAUUUAAGUUCGUUAGAUAUAAAUAAUAAUGAUGUUAGUGAAAUUUUAAGCAUCAUUUGUAAAAUAUAUUACUAUGUCAAUGAUAGUUAUUUGAUUAAAGAAGUUAUUAUUUUGGAGUAUAUGGAUAACUAUUUUAGCUUAUUUGAUUUUAUUUUAAAAAAUGAAAUAGUAGUUCCUAAUUAUAUAGAAGAUCAAAAUUAUUUAAAAAAAUUACCACAAUUUAAAUGUAAAAGAAUAGUUUUAGAUAUAAUUACUAGAUUAUUUUCUAGAUAUGUAAAUACAAACUAUAAUAAAUUUAAUAAUGAUAUUACGAAAAAAUUUUGUGAAAUUUUUUUAAAUAAAUGGUUAUGUCCCCUUUUUGAAGAUUUUAUUAUCAUUUUACAAAGUUAUCAUAAAAAUAAGAAAACAUUAACAGAUGAAUGUUUAGUUUUUGUAUUGCAAGGGUUAUCAUAUGGUGUAGAAAAUUCGUUAAUUUAUAAAAAUUAUAUAAAAAAUAACGUGGAUUUUUUAGUUAGAAAUAUUAUUUUUCCAAUAUUGUGUUAUAAUCAAGAUGAUAUAGAAAAAGUUAUUUAUGAUGAAUACGAUUAUACAAUUAAUAUAUUUAACACAUAUGUUGUAGAAGAUAAAAAAGCAAGUGCUAGCUCUUUUAUAAAAGAUUUAACACGUUAUCGUGGUUUAAAACAUAUAUCUGAUUUAUUUCUAUUAUGCGAAAAUAUUAUAAGUACAUAUAAUGAAAAUUAUAAUAUGAUAUAUAAUAAUAACAAUAUUUAUAAUUCUAAUAAUAAUGAAAAAGAAAAUCAAAAUGAUAUGGAAACUUUACUUGGUAAUGAUUUUUGUAAAUAUAAAUAUGGUGCUUUAAAAAUAUUAGAGUGUCUUUAUAAUAGGUUGUGUGAUAAAAAAAGAAAUAUGAAUAUAGAGGAGUUUUUAAAAACGUAUGUUGAAAAUGAUUUAAAUAGCCCAAAUUACUUGUUAUGUUAUCAAUCAAUUGUUACAUAUUGUUGUUUUAUUAAAAAGGUACAACAUUUUAGUGAUUUAAAUAAUCUUUUGCGUAAUUAUGAAAUCAUAUUAAAUCAUAUGAGUAGUUCCAGCUUAUUAAUUAGAGUAGCUAGUGCAUCAUAUAUUAAAAAAUUCUUUAAAAUUAAGAAUGAUUUUUUAAAAAAUGCAAUUAUUAAAACAAUACCUAUAUUAAUUGAACGUUUAUUAAAUGUAAUUAAAGAAAUAAAAUGUGAAUAUAUAGUGAUGACUCUUGAUAAUUUGGCCUACACUUUCAAAGAUUAUAUUACUCCAUAUGUAAAUGAUGUAAUUAUAGCUUUGUGUUCUAGUUUUGUAUAUUUAAUUAAUAAAAAAGAUGUAGAAGAAAAUGGGAAUAAUUCAUUAGAACAUAAUUUAAGAAAUAAUGGUGAUAAUAUGAAUGAAAAUUCUAUCAUUAAGCAAAAAUACGGUAUGAAUGAAAAAAAAGGAAAAAAAACUGAAAAUGAAGAAUUAGAUUUAAAUUCAGUUAUUUUAUCUAUUUUGACGGCAAUAUUAAGUCUUUUAGAUUCAGUAGAUGAAGGAAAUAAAGAGGAAAUUUACAAAAAUACUGUAUCUUAUUUAUAUGUAGUAGUAGAUGAGACAUUUAAAUCACCAUCGAUUGAUUAUUUAGAAGAAGCUUUGUCACUUUUAACUAAUAUAACUUAUUAUUUAGAUAUAGAUGAACAAGUUUAUUUACGAUUUGAAAAAUUAUAUGAUAUAUUUUAUUUUAAUUCUGAUGAAGACUUAAAAAUGCAAGAAAUUAAUUUAAUUAGAAGUAAUCCACAGCUGAUAUUAAGUACUGAUUUAAUAAUGAACGAAAAAAAUAAUGAUGCCUAUUUUUAUGAUUUCAUUUUUGAUUUUUCUUUUUCUAUUGGUGUUUUUGAUAAUAUAAUAUCUAAAGCGACAGAAUAUUUUGUAAAUAUGUAUAGUCAAACGUAUUCUAUGAAAUAUAUUCAUAUGGUUUAUAGAUUGGGAAUAUUUGCAUUACAUUCAAAAAUUAUAAAAGGUAGUUGCAAGUUAUUUUUUAUAUUAUUUGAAGCUACUGUUAAAAUAAGGGGAGUUGAUGAAUUAAUUAUUCCUGUUUUAACUGCUUUCUCUUUGAAGAUUUUUAAACAUGAUGAAGUUACGACUAUAAUGGAUAAAAAGAAAAAAGAUUCCAUCGGAAAUAAUGAUGAAACUGAAAGUAUAUGUAGUGAAUAUGAUGAAGAUAUAUUAAGUAAAACAAGUAUAGAAUAUAUCAAAAAUUUAUUUUAUGCAAUCAUAAUUUAUGAUGUAGAUAAAUUUUUUCUCUUCUUUAAUAAUAUGAAUAAAACUAACUAUAUUUUAUUAUUUCUUUCAAAUUUAAGUGACGUAAAGAUUAAUAAUACAAGAAAGUUAUAUUUAUUAGCUAUGAGUACUAUAUUAGAAAAUAUACAUAAUUCUAAUAUCAGCAUGCAUAUUAAUGAAGUGAACUCUUUUAUUUUAAAUUUAGUUAAUGUAGCCAAUUCUUAUUAUGAAAAUAAAAACACAAAAGAAGCAUCUGAAAAAUCAUAUGAUACAGAUACUUCAUCAGUAGAUGAUAACAGUGAAGUAGAUAUAGAUGAAAAUGAAGAUGCUACUAACGAAAAGGCAUUUAAAUUAAUUAAGACUAUUGAAGCUUUAGAAAAAAAAAAUGACUUAAAAAUAAAAUUAAAAGAUAAUGUUGAUUUAGAAAACCUAGAUAAUGUUGUACAGAAAGAUAAUAAUUACAAUAAUGAGGUUGAAAAUAAUUUUAAUGAGGAGGAUGAUGACGAUGAUGAUGAUGCUUAUUAUGAUUAUGAUGAUUGUUCUGAUUAUAGCACUGAUGAAUAUAGAAAAGGAUUUUUUGAUGAUAUCAACGCUUUCAAAAUUUUAUAUGAUGCUACAUCUAAUUUUUAUAGCAAAUAUGAAAAUACAUACAACAAUGAGGUACUUAAUAAAAUUAAAUAUCUAUUUGAAGCUGAUUUAAAUGCACAACAAGAAGAACAAAAAAAUACUUGA